AUGCGAGAAAUUCUUCAAGUUCAGGCUGGGCAAUGUGGCAAUCAAAUUGGCACGAAGUUCUGGGAAGUUAUUUCUGAUGAACAUGGUAUACAACCUGAUGGUAUAUACAGUGGUGAAUCGGAUUUGCAGCGUGAGCGUAUUAAUGUGUACUACAACGAAGCAAGCAGCGGCCGUUUUGUCCCACGUACCGUUUUGGUUGAUCUGGAACCCGGUACCAUGGACUCGGUUCGCAACAGUCCUUAUGGGAAGCUCUUUCGCCCCGACAAUUUUGUUUUUGGUCAAAGCGGUGCUGGCAACAACUGGGCCAAAGGACAUUAUACGGAAGGCGCAGAGCUGGUCGAUAAUGUUUUGGAUGUUGUGAGAAAAGAAGUUGAAGGAUGCGACUGCUUACAGGGUUUUCAACUCACUCAUUCAUUGGGAGGCGGCACAGGUUCAGGUAUGGGUACCUUGAUGAUUUCAAAAAUUCGUGAAGAGUAUCCGGACCGCAUCAUGAGCACUUUCUCAGUCUUUCCAUCUCCAAAGGUCUCGGAUGUUGUUCUGGAACCAUACAAUGCUACAUUGUCAGUUCAUCAAUUAGUUGAAAAUACAGAUGAGACAUUCUGUAUUGACAACGAAGCGCUGUAUGAUAUUUGCUUCCGAACUUUGAAGUUAACAAAUCCCAACUAUGGCGAUCUCAACCAUUUGGUCUCAAUGACAAUGUCUGGAGUGACAACCUGUCUUCGUUUUCCUGGCCAACUUAAUGCUGAUCUCCGUAAAUUGGCUGUGAAUAUGGUUCCGUUCCCACGUCUGCAUUUCUUCAUACCGGGAUUUGCACCACUUUUCGCACCGGGUGCAGCUGCCUAUAGCGCUCUCACCGUUGGUGAACUCACGCAACAAGUUUUCGAUGCAAAGAACAUGAUGGCAGCAUGUGAUCCACGGCAUGGCCGUUACCUAACGGUGGCAGUUAUGUUCCGCGGUGUAAUGUCGAUGCGUGAAGUGGACAAUCAGAUGUUCAAUGUGCAGGAUAAGAAUUCAUCGUAUUUCGUGGAAUGGAUUCCGAACAAUGUCAAAACAGCUGUUUGCGAUAUUCCACCACGCGGUUUGAAAAUGAGUGCCACUUUCAUUGGUAACUCGACAGCUAUCCAGGAGAUUUUUAAGCGUAUCUCGGAGCAGUUUACUGCAAUGUUCCGUCGUAAGGCUUUCCUUCACUGGUACACUGGUGAAGGAAUGGAUGAGAUGGAAUUUACCGAGGCAGAGAGCAACAUGAACGAUCUGGUCUCCGAAUAUCAGCAGUACCAGGAUGCUACCAUAGAGGAUGAAGGUGAAUAUGAUGAGGGUGGCAGUCAUGAAUACCACAACCAGAUUGAAGCGGAAUAUUAG